AUGGCUGUCACUUGGAACUCAGAAGCCAACGCGAAACUUUUCCUCGGCGUUUUGACCCAGCUUAGAAACCUAAGUAUCAAGCUUGAUUACACCGCACUAGCAGAUUGUGUGGGUCAGGGAUGCACCGUCCGAGCCGUGCAGCUGCAGAUGGACAAACUCAGAAAGCAGGUCUCCGACGGCACCAGUAACCCCGGAACCCCCGUCGGCACACCCCGAAAGAAGGCUACGACUGCUGCCAGCAGUGGUCCCUCCAGUCAGGCUCUUCUGUCUGCCAAGCGCAAGGCGGCCCGCAUCGCGAAGCCAAAGACUCCGACCAGGAAGGGCAAGAGUGUGUCCAAGGUUGUGAGCAAGGCGAGCAGUGAGGAUGACAGCGAGGACGACAGCGAGGACGACGGCGAGGAGGCUGCGAAGCCAAUCAUCAAGGGAGAAGAUAGUGAGGAGGAUGCAGAGACUAUUGUCAAGGGGGAGGAUAUUGAUGGCAGCGACAAGACCUACGCCUGA